GUUUAAAUACGCUUGCGUUGUGCAGUGUUGGUUUUAAAAACACACGAGAAGCACGGUGAUAAUAUCCCUCCCUACGCACGCUUGGCCGCCUUAGUUCCUGCCUUGAGGGUUGCGGCCCAGAAAAAGAAACACCGGCACCGGCACCGCCACAAGCACCGCCUCUGCCAAAUACUCUUUAAGUCUUAACUUUUAUAUUGUCGGACUCAGAUAAAGAUAGAUAGAUGACUGCGACCAGUGAAGAAGGAACAGCAAGUGUAACCCUCGACCUUCUCAAGAAGAAAAUGGCCGACUUUGCUCAGGAAAGAAAUUGGGAGCGCUUUCACAGCCCCAGAAACCUCCUCUUGGCUCUCGUUGGAGAAGUUGGGGAACUGUCUGAAAUAUUCCAGUGGAAAGGGGAGGUGCCCCGGGGACUGCCUGAUUGGAAAGAAGAAGAGAAAGUCCAUCUGGGUGAAGAGCUCUCCGAUGUUCUUCUUUACCUUGUCAGACUCUCCGACAUCUGCGGUAUCGAUCUUGGCAAAGCUGCCUUAAGGAAGGUUGAGCUUAAUGCACAAAAAUAUCCAGUUGAAGAAGUUGGACUACUCUGCAAAAGUUGUUCAAAACAUGAAUUCUGCGGCAAUGGCUCCGGAUAAGUGUUUGUUUAUCAAUUUCGAAUGGCCCUCUCUCUGCCAAUCCACUAGUUUCUUUGUUUGUGGAUGCCACGUCGUUAUAUAAUGCAUGUAUACGGGCUUUGAAUAUAUAUAUAUAUAUAUAUACUAUAUAAAAUGUGUGUGUGUGUGUGUGUGUGUGUGUGUGUAGGGUUUUAGAAGGUAAGGGGCUUGAAAUUUUGGCUGUCCGAUCACAAGUAGUGAUUGAUUGAUUGCAUGGUUCGUCAAGGGCAAGUACGUACGGAUUGUCUUCGGCAUUUUCUUGUUAAAGAUUUUGAUACUGUUUUGGCGGCUUCAGCAAAGGAUGGUCCCUCUGACAAGAAUGUGAGAUAUUGUAGCGAUCUCCAGAAGAUGCAUAUUUCCAGAUCUGAUCUGAUCUGAUGACGUUCAUUUUGUUACUUUCUCUAGCCUAGUUCUCUAUAGGCUCUCUCUCGUGACAGAAGGGACCAAUGUCCUGGUAUCACUACCACCUCAUCAAGGGCUCUAGCCUUGGAUUUUUAAUUAAUCACCACAGUAUGUAUUAUGGUUGUUUAUAUAUAUACGCGCGUGUGUGGGGGUGUGUGUCUAUGUUAAAUUUAGAUAAUCAUUUAUAAGAUAUUAAAUCCCAAAUUUUAUAUAUUUUUAU